GCGGGGCUGAGGCUCGAUGCAGUAGCUCGGGAGCCGUGGAGGAGGUCGUAGGAUUGGAAGAACGGACAUGUCCACCCUGGGCUGGUGGCGCCGCUAGGCGCCGGGAGCCGUGUUGGCAUACUAGACAGUGUGCGGUCUGCACCUUGGCUGAGCUGCGGAGUGAGGGGCGGUGAAGUGCGCUCUGCCAUCUUGACCUUCUCUCCUUUUCUGAGACAACUGGCAAGAAGAAGAGGGACUGGAUCUAAAUGCUAGGUGGCUGAGUCCAGGCAGACCUAGACCUACAUGGGAAACGAAACCAUAAUGAGAAGGUUCCUUGGUGGGGCUGUUGCCAUGGAGUCAGACACUGGACUGGGGAAGUGGGGGCCAAGUAGGUAGAGCAGUUAUGCUUUUGACUGGCCAGAGACCUGUCACAGGAGGAGUUCAUCUGGGAUCUGGGUCUUCCCCAGAGUGAGGUUUCUGGCAUUUUGACUCUUCCUGUGGAUAGCGGCUUGUUCUGAAGUUCCAGAAAGGAUCCUUCCCAAACAGUAGAGAAUUUUUGCUACAUACAGCCCGAAGUACAAAACUGUCAGAUUUGGGGACAGACUCCAGGACACUGAAUAAGCCCAGGGUCACAAAACCAAUUAGUGGCAAAGCUAAUUCUUCAAAUAGGUCCCUGAGUACUGACUGUCACAGGCUGCUGCGUCUUUCCUGUUGACUCAUGUUUGGUUCCUCCACUGAAAAUUUUACUUAGAGAGAUGCUGCCUCCAAAGUACUUGUCCACCAACAAACCCAAGAGGUCUUGGGCCCCAGAUCUGUAUGAGCUAGACAGUGACUUGACUAAGGAGCCGGAUGCCAUCAUAGGAGAAGGCGCGACUGACUCUGAAUUCUUUCAUCAGAGGUUUCGGAAUUUCCUCUACGUGGAAUUUGUUGGGCCUCGGAAGACCCUGAUCAAACUCCGAAACCUCUGCCUCGAUUGGUUGCAGCCGGAGACACACACCAAGGAGGAGAUUGUCGAGCUCUUGGUCCUUGAGCAGUACCUGACCAUCCUCCCAGAAAGGAUCAAGCCUUGGGUGCAAGCAAAAAAGCCACAGAGCUGCGAAAAGCUAGUUACACUGCUGGAAAGUUACAAGGAGAUGUAUGAGCCAGAAGACAACAACAGUGACGUCCACAGUGAAGACAGCAUGAGCCGAAAGGGAACAGAGUCCCCACCGCCACGCCCUGGCUAUUUCUACAGGGACCGGGACCGGGACCGGGACCAGGACUGGGACCAGCAUUGGGAUCGUGACCGGCACCAGGACUGGGACCGGGAGCGGGAGUGGGACCGCAGGGGCAGAAGCAGGGACCUGGAGUUUAGAGACCGCUGGCCGUACACUCGGGGCCCCAGAAGCAGAUUUCCACAACGGGAUCGUUCCCUUCCUGUGAUGGAGAAAACAUUUGCAAUGGAAAGAGGGCACAGACGUAGGGACUUCAUGAUGGAUUAUGAGUUGCGAUCCCAGGAUGCAGUAUCAUACCAGGAUGUCGUGGACCUGACUGAGGACAGGGAGCCUCAGAACCCGAUUCAGGACAACAUGGAGAACUAUAGGAAGCUGCUCUCACUGGGAGUUCAGCUUGCUGAAGACGAUGGCCACUCCCAUAUGACACAAGGCCAUUCAUCAAGGUCAAAGAGAAGUGCCUACCCAAGCACCAGUCGAGGUCUGAAAACUAUGCCUGAAACCAAAAAGUCAACCCAUCGACGGGGAAUUUGUGAAGAUGAAUCUUCCCACGGGGUGAUAAUGGAAAAAUUCAUCAAGGAUGUUUCACGCAACUCCAAAUCGGGGAGGGCAAGGGAAUCUAAUGAUCGGUCACCAAGGUUCCCCAGAAGGCCAGGCCGUGAUUGGAAUGAUGUUUCAUUCAACAACAGGGAGUCAGUGAUUCAGGAGAGGAGCUAUGAAGGGAGUGCCUUCAGGAGAGGCUUUAAUUAUAAUUCAAACCUUGUUUCCAAAAAGAGAGUUCUUGAAAGAAAAAGGCGCUAUCAAUUUGACACCGAUGGGAAGGGCUCAAUUCAUGAUCAGAGAGGCUGUCCAAGGAAGAGGCCCUUUGAAUGUAACGAAAUGAGAAAAACCAUGAGCAUGAGUAGCCUUGGCUCCCCCUCCUUCACCGCGUCGCAGUCACUUGAUUUUGGGGCAAUGCCCUAUGUGUGUGAUGAAUGUGGGAGGGCUUUCAGUGUGAUUUCAGAAUUUGUCGAACAUCAGAUUAUGCAUACUAGAGAGAAUCUGUAUGAGUAUGGUGAAUCCUUUAUUCAUAGUGUGGCCGUCAGUGAGGUUCAGAAAAGGCAGGCUAGAGGGAAACGCUUUGAAUGUAAGGAAUGUGGGGAAACCUUCUAUAAGAGUGCCGCUCUUGCCGAACAUCGGGAAAUUCACAUUAGAGACUAUCUCACAGAAUGUAAUGAUGAGGAGUAUGAGGAGCCCUUCAUGCCUAGCCCGACCUUUAGUGAGCUUCAGAAAAUAUAUGGAAAAGAUAAGUUCUAUGAAUGUAAAGUGUGUAAGGAAACCUUCCUUCAUAGUUCUGCCCUGAUCGACCACCAGAAAACCCAUGGUAGAGACAACAAAUUUAAUGAGCGUGGAGAAGCCUUUAAACCCAGCCCAACCUUUAGUGAGCUUCAGAAAAUAUAUGCUAAAGAGAAAAUGUACGAAUGUAAGGUGUGUGGGGAGACCUUCCAUCACAGCUCAUCUCUAAAAGAACAUCAGAAGAUCCAUACUAGAUCAAACCUAUUUGAAAAUAAGGGUAAAGUGUGUGAGGAAACGUUUAUUCCUGGUCAGUCCCUUAAAAGGCGGCAGAAAAGUUACCCAAAAGAGAAGCGCUAUGACUUUAAAGAUGGUGGGGAUGCCUUUUGGCAAAGGUCAGACUUCAGUGAGCAUCAGAAAAUUCAUUCUCGAAAGAACCUCUAUGAAAGGAGGGGGUAUGAGAAGUCUGUCAUUCAUAGUGUGCCCUUCUCUGAAUCUCAGAAGAGCCAUACUAUAACAAGACCACCUGAAAACGAGGAUGAGAAGGCAUUCACCAUUAGCUCUAACCCUGAUAACAACCAGAAAUUUCCCACUAAAGAAAUUGUCUAUGAGAGGAAACCAUAUGAAAGGUCUGUAAUUCACAGCUUAGCCUCUGCUGAAGCUCAGAAAAGUCACAGUACAGUGGGACCCAGUAAGCCAAAAGUGAUUGUAGAGUCGACCAUUCAGAGCUCAAAUGUUGCUGAACAUCAGCAAGUCCGUGCUGGGGAGAAUGCCUCUGAAGGAAAGAAGUAUGAGAGGUCCGUUAUCCACAGCUUAGUCACUUUCAAACAUCCCAAAAGUAGAGAUGGAAAUGAAGUCAUUGAAUGUAAUGAGAAGAGAGAGUUGUCCAUUGGUAUCUCAGAUCUUCAUGAUAAGCAACAGAAAAACCCUGCCAAAGAGAGCCCUUACGAAGGGGGUAAGAAUAAAAACUACAAGGACUCUGUUAUACGCACUGUACCCCAUACUGAACCCCAAAAAAGUCUUACUGUAGAGGGAGUCAACGAGUUUAAGAAGGAUGGCCAUUCGUCUGUUCCCAACUCAAAUGUCCGUGAACAUCAGAAGGCCCGUGCUAAGAAGAAAAACAUUGAGCACAGGAACCCCGAGACCUCUGUAAUUCACUCCCUACAUCUUGGUGAAUCGCAAACAUUUCGUCCUAGAGAGAAAUUCUAUGAAUGCCCAGAGUGUGGCGAGUCCUUCGUUCGUAGCUCCGACCUCACUGAGCAUCAGAAGAUUCAUGAUAAAAAGAAGCCCUCUGAAAGUAAAAACUAUGAACGAUCUGUUAUUCGCAGCUUAGCCUCCACUGACCCUCAGACAAGUUACACUGAGAUGAGUUACGUUCAACAGCCAGUGCAAACAAGUUAUGCUCAACAGCCAGCACAGACAAGUUACAGCCAACAGCCGGCACAGGCAAGUUACAGCCAACUUCCAGUGCAGGCAAGUUAUAGCCAACAGCCAGCACAGGCAAUUUACAGCCAACAGCCGGUGCAGGCAAGUUACAGCCAGCAGCCAGCGCAGGCAAGCUACAGCCAACAGCUGGCGCAAGCAAGCUAUAGCCAACAGGCAGUGCACCAAGAAUGUAAGGACUGUGGGCGGUGCUUUGCUACCAUUGAAGACCUUGGUACACAUCAAAAAAUCUAUGCCCAAGAGGAGUUCCAUGGGGCGAAGCUGUUUGGAGCCUCUGUUAUUCAGGGUGUAGGCUUUGGUGGGCCUCAGCAGGACGAGGAAGAUGAGCAGGACGAGUCGGACGAGCAGGACGAACAGGAAGACCCCGAGGACGCCAUCUAUGGAUGUAAGGACUGUGGGCUGGGCUUUGCGGAUCGUGCAGACCUCAAGGACCACCAGAAAGUUCAUGGCAGAGAGUAUGUCAUCAACACUCGUGAGUACACCCAGUCUGUAAUUCACACUCAUUCUGUCAGCGAGUAUCAGAGAGAUUACACUGGGGAGCAGCUCUAUGAGUGCCCGGCGUGUGGGGAAUCCUUUGUUCAUAGCUCCUUUCUUUUUGAGCAUCAGAAAAUACAUGAGCAAGAUCAGUUUUAUGGCCAGAGGAGGUACGAUGAGCCUUUCAUGCAACCCUUGGUCAUUAACCCACCGAGGCCUUGUGCCCCACAGAAGAAUGCUCCAUCAGGGCUGUUCCUUCAGUGCCAUGUGUGUGGCCUGGAGUUCAUCCAUGGCUCUGUCCUUGAUCGGCACAUGAUAGUUCACAUUGGAGAGGACCCCCCGACACAGGGCCAGGGCAGUAGCGAGGCUGUCAGUCCAGGCUUAGCCCUCACUGAGCUGCAGAGAAGUGAAGCUGAAGAGAAGCACUAUGAAUGUGAAACCUGUGGGGAGUCUUUCCUCAGCCAGUCAGACCUGAGGGAGCACAUGAGAGUUCACGAGAAAGAGGAGCCCUACGAUUAUGGGGCUUCUUUUGUUCAUACCUCAUUUCUUACUGAGCCCCCCAGAAGAGAUUCACCGUUCUAUGAGUGCAAGGACUGUGGGAAGUCAUUUAUUCACAACACAGUUCUCACUAAACAUCAGAAGCUUCACGUUGAAGAAGAAGAAGCUGCAGCCCAGGAAGCUGAAGCCAAUGUCCUUGUCCCAAGAGAGGUUCUGAGGAUCCAGGGUUCAAACAUGGAGGCCGCUGAGCCGGAGGUGGAGGCUGCCGAGCCCAACAUGGAGGCCGCUGAGCCCAGUGUGGAGGCCGCGGAGCCCAAUGGAGGGGCCGCAGGGCCAGACGGGGAGGCUGCGGAGCCCAAUGGGGAGGCUGAACAGCCCAAUGGGGAGGCUGAACAGCCCAAUGAAGAUGCGGAUGAGCCAGAUGGUGCAGGCAUCGAAGACCCUGAAGAAAGGGCCCAAGAGCCAGAGGGAGACGCCGAUGAGCCAGACGGUGCAGGGAUUGAAGACCCGGAGGAAGAAGGUGAAGAUCAAGAGAUUCAGGUUGAAGAACCAUACUAUGAUUGCCAGGAAUGUGCAGAAACCUUCACUUCCAAUUCGGCCUAUGGCGAGCACCUGAAAACCCAUGCCAGGGUGAUAAUAUUCGAGCCUGGAAAUGUCUAUGGGGAAAGUUCACACUACACUGAACAUGCCAGCACCAGCACUGAUGACAACGAUAGGGUUGACGACAAGUACUUCAAGUGUGAUGUCUGUGGGCAGCUCUUCAGCGAUCGCCUGUCCCUUGCUAGACACCAGAAUACCCAUACUGGCUGAGAACACAAGUGUAAAGAUUGGAAAACACUUUUACUUAGAACUUGACCCUUACCAAACCACAGAGAAUUUGAACCAACCCAUAAUAAUGUCAGAUGUAAACUUACCUUGGCCUGGACAUACCUGACUUAGCAUCAGACAACUAAGACUGGAAAGAAACUGCAGGUGGAGAUUCCUUUGGUCUUUACUCUCCCCCAUCAAAUAUUGGUGUGUGCACGUGGGAAAGCACUAGCACAUAGCUUACCUUUCAUCCAAGUAAUCAAAUUAGGGAUCACUCUGAAAUUGCCCCAGCCAACUGUAAAUGACACCUCUAACCUAUAUGUAAUGCUCCCUGAAUGUAUAUAGAAUAGCAAAUCAGCAAAAUAGUAAUCACCAAUACUUGGACUUUAUAUGACACCCAGUUACAGUUUACUGUGCAGAGGUACCCCUUACUGGCACACUUUGAUUUUUCUUCCUUUUUUUUUUUUUUUUGGGAGGAGGAAUAGAGCAACAAAUUAGAAUAUAUUUGUAGGCAUUUUAGGUCCUGAGAAAGAUUUAUUCUGUGUUAUUUUAACCCCCAUCCUUUUGAGUAAUUGACUGUAUUUUUCCUUACUCUUAAAUAUUCUUGUAAAGGUGUAAGCGUGAAACUCUUGGCUGUUUGAAAAGAGAAGUGCUUUGAGCUUCCUUUUCAACCAUUUUGUCUACACCAAAACUUUGUAACCUAAUGCUGUGUAAUCCUUUACAAUAUGUGGAUUGACCUUUAGUGAUCCAAAUUGAUCAGUUGCCACAUUGUACCUUGCAGUGAUUCUCAUGCAAAAAUAUUACAAGUUUUGUUAUUUUUUUUAAUGAAUUUAAUGUGUUUGAUAGUGAAUUCACAAGAGCCGAAGCUUUCCCCUGUAAAUCUUACUUCUUUGCCUUUAGACUGGGUUGCAACCAUCACUAGAUCACGAUAGUGCCUAAUGAAGGUUGAGAACCAUAGGGAGAGGCUCUCGUGUUGUAAAUAAGGAUGCCAGCUAAUGACUUUCAUCCCUUGCUUUGUGCGCUUCCUGCCUUAAGUGACAAGUAGCAACGUGGCUUCGUUAGUAUGUACUGCCACAAGUCAGUUUGCACCCUGGGUGCCCAGGAGCCAGUUACCUUAGAGCUUUCUAUCGCUGAACUAAAUUCUCAUCUUCACCUGUCUGACCUUCAACCCAUGUUUAACUUGCAUUUUAAAAAAUUAAAAAACAAAAUAAAAACUUUCUUUACAGUCAACCCAAGCUUAACAUGGACUCAGGUUCCCCAGCAGCCUUAAUUUGUUUCAUUACCACGUGCUCCUUCAUUCAGCCCUUCUAUUUCUGAGCUCUCUAUUCGAGUGUUGUGUUUGUCUGAUCUCAGUUUUCCAGUUUAAUCACAAAUGACCUCAUAGCUUGAGGUUUCCUGCGUCUUAUUCUGUGACCACCUGUGCUCCUUUUGCUUCCCCUCCCCUUGCAUAAUAACUAUUAAGAUAUUUUUUGGCUUUGAGUUGGCUGGAAAAAAAUUUAAAAAUUAAAAAAAAUUUUAAAAACUGAAUCUGUGGAAGAAGUGAGCAAAGGAUAAAAGCAGAAAAUUUGAGCAAGUGAAAUUAAAAUACCUGCUGGGGGAAUGUGUCUAAAUCUCACUCUCCUAGACCUGCACCGUUAGAGCUUGAGGAGAGUGUGUCAGAGCUGCUCUGGGAAUGCCAAAGUUGAGGAAGAUUGCAGGGUGAGAGCAUGAAGCAGACAUGAAUAAGCCAAAGAAGGGCAGCCUAAUACAUCACCAGACCUAGGAGUGUGAGGAAGCUGACAGAAGGAAACAGAAACGGGGAUCAGAAGGCCAGGUUGGUGAGAAUGAAUUGAGCAGGACGUCCUGGGCAGUUUAGAAGAAGGGGGCCAUUUCGAUGGCAUGGUGUGAGGGCCAGCUGUAUAGAUGGAGGUUGGAACAGACAUCCAGGAAAACAGGAGCAGUCAGCCACUGCAUCAGAGAAGGACCCUUGAGAUGGUAGCGAUUGCUGCCAUUGUUGGGGUAAACUUGAGUUCAUCACUUUUGGCAGGUUUAAUUGGUGGAAACUUGUCAGAAAGCAACUUGCUCAGUGUCAGGGUGUCCGUUCCGACCUUUUGUUAGUGAAAAAUUAGGAACAAAUUGAAUGCCAAACAAAGUGAUUAAGUGAACAUGUAUCUUUGGACUCUUACGCAGCUGUUUAAAAAUGAUAAUCAUGAAGAGUUAUUUAGCAACAUGGAAAUAUAUUUACAGAAUAUUAAGUCGAAAAAGCAGGACACAGAAUUAUAUUUGUACUACAAUUACAACUGUUUAAAAAUGUACGCUUAUAGUCAAAAGCUGUUGUGUUGUAGGCUUCUAGUUGAGCAUUAUUUUCUUAAAUUCCUUGAUGUUCUUUAUGGUAGUGUUAAUAAAAAGUUUAUAAUCAUGUUUCCAUUGUGAAAAUAAUUUGAACUCAUUAUCAGACACUUGGAAAAUACAGAAAAGUGGAGGAAAAGAAAAUCCCAUAUUACCACCAUUCAAAGGCUGAUAUUCUUCAGUAUGUUGUUUAUUCUUGUUGCUGUGCACAGGUUUAUGAUUAUAACUGUGUUAAAAUGUGUAUCCAAAAUAGCUGUUACAUUAUCUUUGUGGAAUUAUUGUUAAAUAUUUUCAUGUUAAAGUUUUCAAAUGUUCCUUAUAAUAGUGUUUUUAUAACAAAGUUGAUUAUGUUUGUUUCUGUUACAAUCGUAAUACAUACCAAGAGAAAAAAUUGGAAAACACAGUAAAUUAGAAAAGGAAAAAUAAUCACCCAUAUUCCCAGCAUCCAACAACUACUGUUAACAUCUUGAUUUGUUUCCUCCAUCUUGUUUAGUGUACAAGCUUGUGAUUAUGGCAGUGUUGAAUAUGUAUGCAUAAAGUCUAAGGUGAAAAAAUUAUGGAAAGUAAUUAAAAUAGUGUUGUCAUUGUGGGAUUAUGCUAAAUAUUUUGUCUCUAAUUUCUUGAAUGAUCUUGGUGUUUUGGUAUUAAAUCUUAUGUAUUUUUCCAUUACAAAUAUACAUACUCAUGGCAAACUUGGGGAAAUUCAGUAAAGUAGAAGAAAAAUUCACCCAUAUUCCCAACACCUAACAACAACUCCUGUUAACAUCUCUAUCUGUACACCAGUCUGUGAUUAUUAGGGUGUUAAUGAUAAGUAUGCACAGAGUCAAAGAUGGGAAGAAAUAUGGAAAACAAGAAAUAGUUGUAUGGUUGUUGUGGGAUUAAUGGUGAAAUAUUUUGUCUUGGUUUCCUUGAAUGAUCUUUAUCAUAGUGUUUUGGUAAUUCACAUUUAUUACAUUUAUUUCCAUUGUAAACACAGAACGUGUUCAUUAUAGAAACUUUGAAGUUGCAAAAAUGUAGAAGAGAAACUCACUGAUAUUUUCACCAUCCAAAGGCUGAUUAACAUCUUGAUACAUUUUUUCAUCUUGUUUCUGUGCACAGGUUUUUGGUUUGUUAGUAAUAUGCUUGUGGUUGUUCUAUCUAUCUGUAAUAGUGUCAACAAUAAAAAUAAAGUUAAAAAUAAGAUA